CGAGCGAGCGGUCGCGAGUGCUUGCGUUCCAAUGUCAGCGGUCGUCAGGGAAAGCCGGGGCGUACGGAUCCGCGGGGCCCGGGCGGCCGAGCCUCCGCCGGCUGGGCCCGAUCCAGAGCCCAAGCCCAGUCCGCCGCCGCCGCCGCCGCCCAGGAAAGGCCGGGAUGGUGGUGUGAGGGCCGCGGGAGCGGUGGCGGAAGCGACCGCCUUGUUGCUGGUGGCCGUCUACUUGCUGCUGCUCUGGGCUCUGGUCCAGCUCUCGCUGCAGCAGCUGGUGGUGGUGGGACCCAGUCAUAACCGGGACGGUUUCAAUGCAAACACAGCAAGGAAGCAUCUCCAGCACAUUACUGAUUUUGGACCUAGACCUGUCGGGAGCCCUGCUAAUGAAAUCCUUACUGUGAACUACCUGCUAAAACAGAUCCAGAAAAUCAAAGAAAAUGCACUGGCAAAUAGCAUUGUAGUGGAUAUUCAGAGACCAACUGGCUUUUUCAGCAUUGACUUUCUGGGAGGCUUCAGUAGCUACUAUGAUAAUAUUACCAAUGUUGUUGUGAAGCUGGAACCAAAGAAUGGAGCAAAGCAUGCAGUACUUGCAAACUGCCAUUUUGAUUCAGUGGCCAACAGUCCAGGUGCCAGUGAUGAUGCAGUCAGUUGUGCAGUUAUGCUAGAAGUUCUGAAUGCCCUGUCUAAUUCAUCUACCCCCCUGCGACAUGCAGUCAUAUUUCUUUUCAAUGGAGCAGAAGAGAAUGUUUUGCAAGCAAGCCAUGGAUUUAUUACACAGCACCCUUGGGUUAAACUAAUAAGGGCAUUUAUUAACCUGGAAGCUGCUGGUGUAGGAGGGAAGGAGCUUGUUUUUCAGACAGGUCCUGAAAAUCCUUGGCUGGUUCAGGCAUAUGCUCGUGCAGCUAAACAUCCUUUUGCAUCUGUUGUUGGUCAGGAAGUAUUUCAGAGUGGCAUCAUUCCCUCUGACACAGAUUUCCGAAUUUAUCGGGAUUAUGGCAAUAUUCCAGGAAUAGACUUGGCUUUCAUUGAAAAUGGUUAUAUUUAUCACACGAAGUAUGACACGGCAGAUCGAAUUCCUCUGGACUCCAUUAAGAGGGCUGGUGACAAUAUCCUGGCUGUACUGCAGUACUUAGCAACAUCUGAGGAGUUAGCUGACUCAACACAGUAUCGCCAUGGGACCAUGGUAUUUUUUGAUGUACUUGGAUUGUUUGUUGUGGCCUACCCACAACGGAUUGGUGCUAUAAUAAACUAUUUGGUGGCUGUGGCAGCUAUUGUCUACUUGGGAAAAAAAUUCUCAAUAUCAGUAAAUCAAGGAUCUCACUAUAGGAGGGAUCUCCUUUAUGGAAUCGGUGUCACAUUAAUCUGCUGGUUUAUCAUCUUUGUAACCACCCUUAUUGUAGCGGUGUUCGUGUCUCUGACUGGGCAUGCGAUGUCUUGGUACUCCCACUUCUAUGUUUCUGUUAUAUUGUAUGGGUCAAUAGCCCUUGUGAAGCUCAUACUGAUUCACACACUUGCAAAAAAUCUUUACUAUGGAAACAUGAAUGAGUUUUACCUGACGGAGCUGUAUUUUGAUGUUUCAUUAACAAUCUGGUGCUGCACUUUGAUUUACUUUACCCAACGAGACCUGUGCUCAGCCUAUGUGCCUGGAUUGUGGGUGGCUUUUCCUCUAUUUGUGAAAUUACUGAUUGGGAAGGAGCUGAAACAAAAAGGUGCUACAGUGAAGCUGACGGCAAUUUAUUUUCUGGGCCUAUUUAUUCCUCAUUUAUUGACCAUGUAUCUGUUUUGGGGUGCAUUUGAAAUGUUCACCCCCAUCCUAGGCCGUAGUGGCACUGAAAUACCUCCUGACGUUGCACUGGCUUCCAUUAUUGCAGCAUGCACUAUUAUUCUAACUACCUAUUUUGUGAGUCUGAUUUAUCUGUGCAGAAGUACAAAAUGGACUCUGUUGGGUUUAGUGAUUGUGUUUUUGGUCUCGGCAACUCUAGUGUGUAGUGGAGCAUUUUUUCCAUAUACAUCUGACCCUGCUGGACCACACCCUAAGAGAAUCUUUCUUCAGCAUACAACAAGGACAUUCCAUGAUCUUAACGGAGAAAUAACCAAGAGAGAUGCUGGAAUAUGGAUUAAUGGAUUUGAUUACACUCUUAUGUCUCAUGUUACUCCACAUGUACCUGAAAUAAACCACACAAUAAGAAGUUCCUGUGAGAAUGAUGCACCUUUUUGUGGAUUUCCUUGGUUUUUACCUGUGCACAGUCUUAUCAGGAAAAACUGGUAUCUGCCUGCAGCAGAAUUUUCACUCAAGACACCUGUUGCUUUCAAACUGCUUUCCAAGUUUAAGAUGCUUUCACAGUCUAUGAAAUUGACCUUCGAGGUGACAGGUCCCAGUCACAUGACACUGUACAUUCGGUCACUUGAAGGAACUCGCAUAAUUGGAUCAUCUUUUGGGGAUGGGUCGACUUUGUACAAUAACUAUGGAGAUUAUUUUGUUUUCUAUUCCCACGGACUACAGGCUCCAGCUUGGCAAUUUUGGCUGGAGAUCCAGACUCUUGACCUGAUGCCUGAUGGCAUGGUUGUUAUUGCUGUAGCUUCUCAUCAUUUUUUUGGAGAAGAUCAAAGAACAGCAGAACUGAUUGCCCUGGAAAGGAGAUUUCCAGAAUGGUGUGUUGUAUCCAGCUGGUCCAGCUCUUACAACUUGUUUGUCUUCUAACACUCUGGAUUAAAGAGCUAACACCAGGUGGAUUCCAUCGGAAUUAAGUAUGGCAUGGUUGGGUGUAGUGAAUGUAUUCCUAUGCUAUACUCUUGGGUGGUGCACAUCCACCUGUAAGAGCAUUGAUGUAUCUUGCAUGUGAAUGAGGGACUGUAAAAUGUCAGUAAAUAAUUUGAUGAAAUAUUCCAAACAUUAAGGCUGCUCGGUGUAAUUGUCAGUGAAGUUAGGGUUUCACAUGUGAAGAAAAGUUUGAGCAAGUGUGAAAUACCGAGCUGCUACUAGAAUCUCUUGGUCAUCAGACCAUUUGCUUAUUGAUUCACUUGAUUUUUCUCUCUCUCUCUCAUGCAAAGGAUUCGGAAUAUAAGGGCCUAUGAAUCAAAUAAUGAACUGGAAUAUUUUCAGCUAAUUGUUUUCAGGGAAAUUCUGGGGAAACUCAAAUAAUUUAAAAACUGCCCUUUGUGAUGUCUGUGGGCUAAUUCCAAAGUUGAUGUUCACAGGAAUGAGUUACUGCUUGUGGCACUAUGAAAUGUAUGACUUGUGAACUUACUAGCGCUAAUCAUUCAUACUUUUUGUAAUUAGAACUUUCUCAUGUUUAAUCUCAAAAUGUUCCAUACCUACACCUUGGAUAAUUGCUUUCUGUGCCAGCAUGAGGUGUUACCUAAGUGUUACCUUGCAGCAAGACAAGCUCGCUCUCUCCCUUUUCUGAGCAGGGCAGAGUGAGUGAGCAGAUUAUAGAAAUGGGCUUGAACUUAUUCUCAGCCACUGACUGGUGCUGCAAAUAAUCAAAUUCACUAGCUGCAAUCAAGCAGGCCAGAAGGUAGACCAUCUCAACACCAAGCAGCUGGACUGCUUGAAAUUUUUGAAUAGAAUUUAGCAUGGCACAGCAGAAGUAUGUGUUAGGGUGUAUAUAAUGCAAAUUCCAUAUGAGCUUAUCAUAAUUGGUUCCCUGAAUGGUCCGGAACCAUGUUUUGUUGAAUAUUGUGUAAUAGGCAUCAUAGUAAAACCAAAAUGUACAGAUGUACAGUAGCACUGGUUUGUUCCGAUGUUUCACUUAUUUGGAUGUUGCUAGGGGUUCCUUGGCAUAAUAUUGCGCAUUCUACACUGAGCAUUAAGGUUUCUAGGUGGGGUCAGUGAAAUUUAUUUCCAAUGUUAUUUCAGUAUGAAAUUUCUUUUGCACUGAUUUUUCUUUCAGGUUUGAAUCAAGUGCUUCAUAACUAAUGGAAGCCUAAAUGAUGAAAAUGGCACAAAAACAACUUGCAUUAAAUUGGUGUAAAUGACUGGUUAAUAACUUCCAAUAUUUAGGUGGUUUUGUUAAGAUUAUGUACAUUCAGUGCAAUUGUUAAACUUCAUGAUUUAAAAGUUGGUUGGUCUCUAGGUUUACAUGAUUUAUUUCAGUAAUCUUUUAUGUAUGGAAACAAUGCAAUGGAUUUUUAAAAAUAUUGUAUAGAUGGGGAACUUGUUCAAGAACAUAUUAAGAUAUGUCAUUGAAUAUGUUAGAAAUAAAACAAUUUUGUGAAAA